ACAGUCCGUCUGGACUUGGAUCACCUCUUGUUCAUCACCUCGAGAACCACAACAGCCCCCCCAAGAACUAACAGUCGGCCUGCGAGGGAGAGCUGUGCCAAAUGGACAAUAUGUCUAUCACCAACACCCCGACCAGCAACGACGCGUGCCUGAGCAUCGUGCACAGCCUGAUGUGCCACCGGCAGGGCGGCGAGAGCGAGACCUUCGCCAAGCGCGCCAUCGAGAGCCUGGUCAAGAAGCUCAAGGAGAAGAAGGACGAGCUGGACUCGCUCAUCACGGCCAUCACCACCAACGGCGCCCACCCCAGCAAGUGCGUGACCAUCCAGAGGACGCUGGACGGCCGGCUGCAGGUGGCCGGUCGCAAGGGGUUCCCCCACGUGAUCUACGCCCGUCUCUGGCGGUGGCCUGACCUGCACAAGAAUGAACUCAAGCACGUCAAGUACUGUCAGUACGCCUUUGACCUGAAAUGUGACAGUGUCUGUGUCAACCCCUACCACUACGAGCGGGUGGUGUCGCCUGGUAUCGAUCUCUCAGGACUGACCCUGCAGAGUUCAGGUGAGUGGUUGUGUUUGCUGCUGCAAAGAUAAUUUUGUCCCCCUGGCCCCCAAAAA